UUCCCCACCGACAGGAUUUACCAGCAAGAAGCAACCCUUCCCAGGGCAUUUUUCACCUGGGUCUGCAAGGAGCACACCUCCUCCUGGAAUGGCCAUGUGAUUGUUCAGAGCUCCGUAAAUCUGAGUGGCAGGGGAAAUGCUUGGCAGUGGGUGGGGUUGGUAAGACUUUUAAGCCCCACUUCUAAUGCUGUCAUCCCCAGACACAGGAGUGCAGGUCUUGGUUCCGGCCUGAUUAGCAGAGGGGAGCAGGUGUGUGUGCUUACUUGUGGGUUGCCUUCGUCUCUCCUCCCAGUGCUCCAGCAGGUCACCCGGGCAUGGGUGGGGAGAGACACGCACCAUCCCAGCUGCAUGUUCCUCAGGGUGCUCCGAGAGCCAGGAGAGCAGGAGAGGACUCUCUGCCCCACAGCCACUUUACCAGGAAUAUGAUGGACCCCCGGGGGUGUGCUGGACAGGGGAAGCCCAGCCUGUCCUUUUCCAUUGAGGAAAUCUUAAAGAAACCUUCUGCCAGCACUGUCCUAAGCACUGAAACCAGGAAGAGAAGGAACUACAUUGAGAGAUCUCCAUCCGUAAAAGCAGGGUCACCACUAGCUGUUGAUUCCAGCAGCAGGAGUCAGUUAGAAUGUGACUUACCUUCAGCCAAAAUACUUCUCUCCACCACAUGUGCUACACCUAUUGCCAGAGCAAAGAGAGGGCAGGCAACUCACUGCAGAAGACCUAGAGACAGCCCAGUGUCCCUCCUGGGUGAGGACAUAGGACGUGAACACCUGGAAGGCAAGAGAAAACAUGAAGAAGAGGAAGAGCAGCUGUGUGAUUUCCCAGUGGAGCAUCCCCUUCAUGUUGAGAGGAAAGGGAAACGGAGAAUCCGGACAACGUUCACAGCUGAGCAACUCCAGGAACUGGAGAGGAUUUUCCAAGUGACUCACUACCCGGAUGUCCAUAUUCGCAAUCAACUGGCAGCAAAGAUAAACCUCCCAGAAGCCAGAGUUCAGAUCUGGUUCCAGAAUCAGCGAGCAAAGUGGAGGAAACAUGAAAAAUUUGGCAACUUUGGUGGCCUUCAGCAUCUUACAGAAGUUGAUUUCAUUCCUGCUCCCAAGUCAGAUUUCACAGCUCCAAGCUUGAUGCCAAGAAAGCUCUCUGCUUCCUUUCCUGCUAUGGGAUACUACUCACCACUGCAAGGACAGCUGACAACUGCCUGGCUGCCCAGCGCGUUCUCCUUCUCUCCCCACCACAUGGAGCUGCUGUCCUUCCCAAAACCGUACUUGGUCUUCAAUGUCCUCCCCCCUUACGGCUCGUCACUACCCCACAAGUCAGAAAGGAGCAGGAUCUGCGCCAGCUCCACAUAGAGGAGGAUGCGGGGGAGUGGGGGACUUUGGGGGCGUGCCUUCCUCCCCCACGCCCAUUUUGGAGGUGUGCCACUCCUCUUCCCGAACAAACCUGCUGGGAUGAUGGGUGGCUGUGGUGCAAGGUCAGCAUGCUGCAGGACUGCUACUAAAAGUUGUUGCAACCUAGAGAAUGUGGGCAAGAGCCACCAAAGACCAGGAAGGAGCUCCUCAUCUGCCGCACGCUCCCUAGAAACCCAACCAUUCAACUGAGCGCCUCUCCCCGGGCGGACAGUGCACCAAGCAGCCCUGCAAAAGGACUGGGGUUUUACUCAGCCAUGAGACAAUGUUGGAUGACCCUAUCGCACUGAUGAUGGCUUGGGGAAGGAAAGAUGCCUGUGAUAAAGUGUGCACAGCCCCAAGGUCCAGCCAAAAGGGCUUUUCUCUGCAGAUUUGGGUCGCUUUCCUCAUACAUUCUGGUCCUCAUGGACUGGAGAUUGCAAAGAACAUGUUUAGGUCAAAAAUCAAACUUUCAAGAUACUUUUUUUUUUUCCAAGUAGUCAAUGAGGGAGGAGGGUGGGUUUGAUUUGCUGCCUGUGUUUUUGACUUGAAUAAAAGGGCACAAGCACAAUUUGAGCUGAAAUAUGACAGUCUGAGCUCUGGAUUUGGUACUGUGAGUCUCUGGGGGCAAGAGAAUUCUUCAGCUGGUUAAUUAAAAUGCUUAUGAAGAAGCUUCUCAUUUUUUGACCUGAAUUAAGAAAGCUCCAAAACCCCAUCAGAAACAAUAACAAAAAGAGACAGCCUGAGUUUAAUCUGCUAGCUGUAAUAGGAUGAUAUGACCCCACAGUUUAGUUUAAUUGUAGAUAAAUAAUGAGAUCGGCCUGCCCACUUACAAAAUGUCUCUGUGCCUUAUUAUUUACAUAAUACUCAUCUCCUUCCAGCAUAUGAUGCUUUUUUCUCCCCUGCUUAUUCAGGGUCCAAUCCUGCUUCCGCUAAUACCUCCACUGACUUUCACUGCUGGAAAGUACUGGUUGCACCACCUUCUGUCUUGUGUCCACAGCACAGACUGCACAC